AUGGGGGUGUGUGUCAGAGCUGUCGCUGAGGUUGACUUUCCAAUUUGUCUGAUUUCCUCCUGUAGUGUUCUCAAACAGUGUAAAGAUGUGGAGCUCUCCUUCAGUGACGUGACGGGCAAGCCUGAAGCCUUCAAAGGCACCAAGAAAGGGAUGCUAUAUCUCACCCCUUACAGGAUGAUCUUUGUGUCAAAGGGCAAGGAUCCUAUGCUGUCUUUCAUGAUGCCAUUUUAUUUGGUGAAAGGGUGCUCAAUUGAGCAGCCUGUUUUCUCUGCCAAUUACAUCAAAGGACAGAUUCAGGCCGAGGCAGGAGGUGGCUGGGAAGGACAGGGGACGUUUAAACUGACUUUCAACAGUGGAGGAGCCAUUGAGUUUGGACAGCUGAUGUUCAAAGCUGCCUCUAAUGCUUCCAGUGGCAUUCCUCUCCAGAACCCUGGCUAUGGCUAUACACCUGUGCCCGGAGGGUAUGCACCCACUCCCCCUGCUCCAGGGGGGUAUGCACCUGCGCCAGGGGGCUAUGCUGCUCCUCCACCGCCAAACGGACCAUAUCCUUAUACACCACCUCCGAUGAAUGCCUAUGGGCCUGCUCCGCAGCCGAUGGGAUAUCCAUACACCCAGACUCCAGGUAUUUACCCACCACUUCCAAACAUGAACCCCAUGUAUGUGCCACCUCCUCCCCCUUACUCUGGGCCAUCUCCUGCAGGACCUUCACCCCCCUCAGCUGCACCAGCCUGGGUGGGCCCGGGGAUGCCAGGGAGCAAUAAGGCCACGGAAGCCUCUUCUAGUGCUUAUUACAACCCUGCCAACCCACACAAUGUCUACAUGCCCAUGGAUCAGCCACCUCCUUAUGCACCUCCUGAGGAUAAGAAGAACAACUAA